UAGCGACGGCCUCGACCCACGGCUCUCUCCUCCUCGUUGCCACGGGGAGUGGGCGCCCGCCUCCACCCCGCGCCCAGUUCCGGAUGGGCUCGGCGCAUGCGCGGCCACGGGAGGCGGGGCCCAGCCAGGCGGCACCUGGGCAGGUUCGGGCAGAAGGCGGAAGAGCGAGCAGCGAGCGAGGGGCCCGGAGGGACGGACGGGGGCCCGCGAGGGACACGCCGCCACCAUGAUGCGGUUCAUGCUCCUGUUCAGCCGGCAAGGGAAACUGCGCCUCCAGAAAUGGUACCUGGCCACCUCGGACAAGGACAAGAAGAAGAUGGUGCGGGAGCUCAUGCAGGUGGUGCUGGCCCGCAAGCCCAAGAUGUGCAGCUUCCUGGAGUGGCGCGACCUGAAAGUGGUCUACAAAAGGUACGCCAGCCUGUACUUCUGCUGCGCCAUCGAGGGCCAGGACAACGAGCUCAUCACCCUGGAGCUGAUCCAUCGAUACGUGGAGCUGCUGGACAAGUACUUUGGCAGCGUGUGUGAGCUGGACAUCAUCUUCAACUUCGAGAAGGCCUACUUCAUCCUGGACGAGUUCCUGAUGGGGGGGGAGGUGCAGGACACCUCCAAGAAGAGCGUCCUGAAGGCCAUCGAGCAGGCCGACCUCUUGCAGGAGGUAGAGGAGGACGAGUCGCCCCGAAGCGUGCUGGAGGAGAUGGGGCUGGCAUAGCUGGCUGGCUGCUGGAGCACCACGGACCGUCUCCCCCCACUGCCCCUUGCCCCCUCCCUCUGCUGCCCUGUGGGGUAAGCGGCUGUGGGGGCCGCACAGACUCUGCUGUGAGGGACCCGUGAACUGGACUGUGAUUGCUGAACCCUGCAGCCUCUGCAGGGAGGGGGGCCUGGGGCCGGCUGGGGGGCUGGGGAGCCCCUCCCCCCUCCCAGCCCUGGUCCCGGGUGGUGGGGCCAGGGCUUUGCUCUUCUCUCUGCCUUUUGCCCCCCGCCCUGGGUCGGCCCUGCCUCGCCCACCACGCCAGAUCACUCCAUGCCCAUCUAUUCACACCAGCAAUGUGGCUCUUCUGCCCCCCCCCCACUCAGGCGGGCAGCAUACAACAGACCCCGGGGGCAGGCUGCCUUUUCUUCUCGCUGGGUGCAGUGCUCUGCUGGAGGCCAGCCCCCAAGCCAGGCCGAGCCUAGGCACACCGUGUGGGGAGUGGGGCCGCUGUGGCUCCCCCCCUCCAGGAAGCUGCCCUUUGAACGUGGGGGAGCAGGGGUGCGCGCGCAGGGGUGCCUGAGUUCUGCUGUGUCCCUCUCCAGACCCAGGAAUGGGUGUGUCUUCCCUGUUUCGGAAUAAAGCCUGUGCGGAAGGAA